CGGAGCCGCCAAGAUGUCGCAGCCCAAGAAAAGAAAGCUUGAGUCGGGGGGCGGCGGCGAAGGAGGGGAGGGAGCUGAGGAGGAAGAUGGCGGAGAGCAGGAGGCGGCCCUGCCGCGACCCCGGAGGGCUAGGCGGGAGCGGGACCAGCUGUACUACGAGUGCUACUCGGACAUAUCCGUCCACGAGGAGAUGAUUGCGGACCGCGUCCGCACGGAUGCCUAUCGCCUGGGCAUCCUGCGGAACUGGUCAGCACUGCGGGGCAAGACUGUGCUGGACGUGGGCGCGGGCACCGGCAUUCUUAGCAUCUUCUGUGUGCAGGCCGGGGCCCGGCGCGUGUACGCGGUGGAGGCCAGCGCCAUCUGGCAACAGGCCCGGGAGGUGGUGCGGCUCAACGGCCUGGAGGACCGGGUGCACGUCUUGCCGGGGCCAGUGGAGACGGUGGAGUUGCCGGAGCAGGUGGAUGCCAUCGUGAGCGAGUGGAUGGGCUACGGACUCUUGCACGAGUCCAUGCUGAGCUCUGUGCUCUACGCGCGGACCAAGUGGCUGAAGGAGGGCGGUCUUCUCCUGCCGGCUUCCGCCGAGCUCUUCGUGGCGCCCAUCAGCGACCAGAUGCUGGAGUUGCGCCUAGGCUUCUGGAGCCAGGUGAAGCAGCUCUAUGGUGUGGACAUGAGCUGCCUGGAGAGCUUCGCCACGCGCUGCCUUAUGGGCCACUCGGAGAUCGUGGUGCAGGGUUUGUCUGGGGAGGAUGUACUGGCCCGGCCGCAGCGCUUUGCUCAGCUGGAGCUGGCCCGCACCGGCCUGGAGCAGGAGCUGGAGGCUGGGGUGGGCGGACGCUUCCGCUUCAGUUGCUACGGCUCGGCGCCCAUGCACGGCUUUGCCAUCUGGUUCCAGGUGACCUUCCCCGGAGGGGACUCGGAGAAACCGCUGGUGCUGUCCACUUCGCCUUUUCAUCCGGUCACGCACUGGAAGCAGGCACUCCUCUACCUGAACGAACCUGUGCAAGUGGAACAAGAUACGGACAUUUCCGGAGAGAUCACGCUGCUGCCCUCCCGGGAUAACCACCGUCUCCUGCGCGUGCUGCUGCGCUACAAAGUAGGCGACCAGGAGGAGAAGACCAAAGACUUUGCCAUGGAGGACUGAUCGUUGCCUUUUCUCCCAACUACCUCCCGAAUCUGCAGGACCCGCGUGGUAGAGGCGGAGGGGGGUUCGGAGGAGAAAGGGAGAUUCCACGUGCAAGUGUUUGGCAGUAUCAGCAUGGCUUUGUAUGAUGAGCGAUGUAUGACUGGACACCAGAUGAUCCAAAGGAAGUCCAAGCCCUUUGGAGUGACAACAUUUCCAGAAGGAUGAGAAUGUGACCUGCUCCAAUACCCAGGCACUGUUCAGUCUCUGUGUGAACUGGCACUGAUUGCCUAGGGUCAUUUGGGCCACAGGAAGAACUGUCAGCCCUAAGAAGAGAAAGAAACGGUGAAGUUCUACCUGCUUUUUUCAGACAGCUUACAUUUAUUUAGCACUGUGAAACUUUCCAAAUAUUUACAUUCACUGGACCAAUGGACAUUUUAUUGAGAAUACCAAGUAACAGUCAUUGUGAGAAGCACUUAGGAUACAAACCAAUAAAACAUAGCUUUUGCUUCCAAAUAGAUGUGUUCAUAGGAUAAACCAGAAAGAAAAAUACAUAAAUGAUAACAGGCUAAAGACUUGGGAUGGUGUAAGUGUUAGGAAAGGCAGGUCACUUUACAUAGUAGGAAAAAGACUUUGUUACUGAAGGAUGCCUAUGGUUACAUAGCUAAUUCUUGACAGUUGAACACAAGUAUUUCAGUUCCUACCCCCAAACAACCUCUUAAUUUAAGAAGGUUCCAUUGGGAUAUAAGUCAUAGGUCCCAAAGAGCCACCAUAGGAUCUCAAGGUUGACAAUUACUAAUUACUAGGGACUUGUGAAACAUACCAUGUACUCGUUUCCCUAAGAGGGCUAAUCAAGUGUGGCAUUCUUUCUGAAGCCUCCAGGAGAAAAUUCUCAAUGCAGUAGCAAAGAAAAGUAGAUACAUUCUGCCAUUCUGGUUAUAGGUACUUUGUGCUUGAGAUCAGGGAGGCAUCCAAUGAGGUGUUCACUAAUUUAAUGAUUUCAUAAACACCAACUAUCUAACAAGUUCUAUGAUAAAUAAGCAAAUGGUACCCUCAACUGGAAUACAAGAGGGGAAUAAAAUCACCUAGACCAGUGAUUUGCAUACAUUAUUUAACCUGGAAGAAUUCAAUCCAGCUAAAUCUUAACCUCUGCUGAAGCAAGAAUGAGAAGCCAGCCCUUUUGUCAACUGUAACCUUAAAAUUCCUCUCAAGUGCAGAAUUCCUCUCUAUGUUACUUAUCACAUAGAUUAUGAGGACCUCACAGAAAGAUGUGAUGUAAAGAGGAAGAUGAUAUAACGAGACUAUUCCUCAAAACAUUGCAUAUGCAUGUAGGAUGAGACAUUUGAAACAAAAUAUCUGGAUCUACCUAAGCACAAAAUUGUAAUAAAAACUAAGA